UUAUCUUAGAUUUCUUGUUUAAUGGAAGAAGAGAUGAUGCUGAGUAUGGUUCCCUAUACAGCAUUGAAUGCUGCUGUAGGAGGAGAAGGUUCGGAUUCUAACAGAAGUAAUAGCAAUAGCCCUCGUGGAUUGUCGAACAAACGUCAUAGACAACAAGAUGGCAUAAAACCUUCUGCAAGAUUUAAGGGUGUUGUUUGGCAGCCAAACGGCAAAUGGGGCGCACAAAUUUAUUCAAACCAUCAGCGUAUUUGGAUUGGGACAUUCAAAUCAGAGUCGGAUGCGGCUAAGGCUUAUGAUAGCGCUGCUGUUAAGCUUCGAAGUGGAGAUUCACAUCGGAACAUUCCAGUGACCGCUCAAACCUCACUGGAACCUGAUUUUCAGAAACCAUACUCAAUCGAUGAAGUAUUGAUUAUGCUCAAGGAUGGAGCAUAUGAAACAAAGUUGCAUGAAUUUAUGAACUCUUCGGAGAAGCAGGAUAGGGAAUCUGGUUUUGGUGUGAACUUGUUCAGAGGAAAUGCUAACGAUGGGUCCAUAAAGUGCCAACAGUUGUUUCAGAAAGAACUAACUCCAAGCGAUGUUGGGAAACUCAACAGGCUUGUUAUUCCUAAAAAGUAUGCCGUGACGUACUUCCCAAAGGUUUCAGAAGCACCUUUAGAAGAAGAGGAUGGUGGUGUGAUAGACGACAUUCAACUGCCAUUCGUGGACAGGGACAUGAAGCUCUGGAAAUUCCGAUACUGCUAUUGGAAAUCUAGCCAAAGUUAUGUGUUUACCAGAGGUUGGAACCGAUUUGUUAAAGACAAGAAAUUGAAGAAGAAUGACGUGGUUACAUUUUAUAGGUGCGAGUGUCGAGAAUGGUCCCAAAACAAACCCUUUUACUUGAUCGAUGUAGCGUCUAAUGGAGAUGAAGAUAAUAGACUAGAUUUACAAUUAGGGUUUAGCCGGAAUACUAUUGAAACUGGACCCUCAGAUAGGACUAUCAAACUAUGGCAAAAUAAGGAAGAAGUGAUUAUGAAAGUUACACCACCACAGCAACAACCAGAUGAGGAGAAAAGGCCUUUGAUUAUGGAAGUUGCACCACCACAGCAACAACCAGAUGACGAGAAAAAGGCUUUCAGACUUUUUGGUGUAAACAUUAAUUAAUUACUAGAGGUUUAUGUUUUGGUGUUUGCAAUUUUUCUGUUUUUAGGUUUUGAGGAAUUUAGACAGAUAUAACAUCAUGAGCAUCUAAUUUUGCUUAUACCUAAUUUUGAACUGUGUAUACCAAAUUCAUUAGUUAUUUGCUUCAAAUAUAUUCAGAGAUAUCUUUGAACUGCAUAUAUAAAAGUGCCUCUAUCUUAGAGCUAUUGA